AUGAGCAGGGGAAUGAGGACCAGCGGCUCAGGCAGGCGGCAGCCACUCCGGCUAGAGAAGGCUCCAGGGAGGGGAAGCGGACCGCGCGCCGCGCUCGGGGGACGGUGACAUCGACCAGGGGAUUCCUCUCACCGGACAGGCUGAACACAGGGCGCCGCGGGAGGGCAGGGCAGGGCGGCGGCGGGGUUGGCGCACCUGCCAGUGCCCCCCAACUCCUGGUGACCGCACAGAGACUUUGCGAAACAUCCGAAGACAGAAAAGCUGUGACAUUUCUGACAGAGGGGCAGGGGGGUGGGGGGCGGGGACAGCGCCGCGAGCAGGGGCCGAAGGGACCCAGAGGAACACCAGCCGCCCGGUGGGGAAAGCAGCGAUGUGAGCUGGACGCCCGCCCGGGAGCAGUCAGGACCGAAGGUCUCCGGAGAGUCGCCGGCCGUGCCAGGAAGUCAACUUCAAGCAGAUUGACUUGAAUUGGGAUCUCAUUUGGGAAGCAUCAGUGUCCAAUAAAAACUGUGUGUGUCUGUUUUGUUUUGUUUUGUUUUUUCAUUUGGAAAAUACUCAAGUUCCAGUUGUUUAUCAUCCUCCUUUACUUUCUGAAAACCUGGCAAUCCCAUGUGGACUUCUGGUAGAAUGAGCAAUGCAAAGAACUGGCUUGGACUUGGCAUGUCCUUGUACUUCUGGGGACUGAUGGACCUUACGACCACUGUUCUCUCGGGUACCGCAACACCACAAGGUGAAUUAGAAGCGCUCCUGUCAGACGAGCCACAGUCACAUCAGCGGACCAAGAGGAGCUGGGUUUGGAACCAGUUUUUCGUUCUGGAAGAGUACACUGGGACCGACCCUUUGUAUGUCGGCAAGCUUCAUUCAGAUAUGGACAGGGGAGACGGAUCCAUCAAAUACAUCCUCUCGGGAGAAGGUGCUGGCAUCGUGUUUACCAUCGACGACACCACUGGAGACAUCCACGCCAUUCAGAGACUCGAUCGAGAGGAAAGAGCCCAGUAUACUUUAAGGGCUCAAGCCCUAGACAGGCGUACAGGCAGGCCCAUGGAGCCAGAGUCAGAGUUUAUCAUCAAAAUUCAAGACAUCAAUGACAAUGAGCCCAAGUUCCUGGAUGGACCUUAUGUCGCCACUGUGCCAGAAAUGUCCCCAGUGGGUACCUCUGUCAUCCAGGUGACAGCCACGGAUGCAGAUGACCCGACCUACGGCAAUAGUGCCCGGGUGGUGUACAGCAUUCUCCAGGGCCAGCCAUAUUUUUCUGUGGACUCUAAAACAGGUGUAAUUAGGACAGCGCUCAUGAACAUGGACAGAGAAGCCAAAGAAUACUACGAAGUGAUUAUCCAAGCCAAGGACAUGGGAGGGCAGCUUGGGGGAUUAGCUGGGACCACAACAGUCAACAUCACGCUCUCGGAUGUCAAUGAUAACCCACCCCGCUUUCCCCAGAAACAUUACCAGAUGAGUGUGUUGGAAUCAGCUCCAAUUAGCUCCACUGUGGGGAGAGUGUUUGCCAAGGACUUGGAUGAAGGCAUCAACGCAGAGAUGAAAUACACUAUUGUGGAUGGAGACGGUGCAGAUGCCUUUGACAUUAGCACAGAUCCCAAUUUCCAAGUUGGUAUCAUAACUGUGAAGAAGCCCCUGAGUUUUGAAAGCAAGAAAAGCUACACCUUAAAGGUGGAGGGAGCCAAUCCUCAUCUAGAGAUGCGCUUUCUGAGCUUGGGCCCAUUUCAGGACACAACAACAGUGCACAUCAGUGUGGAAGACGUGGACGAGCCCCCUGUAUUCGAACCUGGCUUUUACUUUGUGGAGGUGCCUGAGGAUGUGACGAUUGGAACAACCAUACAGAUCAUUUCUGCCAAGGACCCAGAUGUGACCAACAACUCAAUCAGAUACUCCAUUGAUAGAAGCAGUGACCCUGGAAGAUUUUUCUAUGUUGACAUUACAACAGGUGCCCUAAUGACUGCAAGACCCCUGGACCGGGAAGAAUUUUCUUGGCAUAAUAUCACUGUCCUUGCUAUGGAAAUGAAUAAUCCCUCCCAGGUUGGAAGUGUUCCUGUCACAAUCAAAGUCUUAGAUGUGAAUGACAAUGCUCCAGAGUUCCCCAGAUUCUAUGAAGCUUUUGUCUGUGAGAACGCCAAGGCAGGACAGCUGAUCCAGACAGUGAGCGCAGUGGACCAAGACGACCCACUCAAUGGCCAGCAUUUCUACUACAGCUUGGCUCCUGAGGCUGCUAACAACCCCAAUUUCACCAUAAGGGACAACCAAGAUAACACAGCCCGGAUUCUAACCAGGAGGUCUGGUUUCCGGCAGCAGGAGCAGAGUGUCUUUUACCUGCCCAUCCUGAUAGCAGAUAGCGGGCAGCCGGUGCUGAGCAGCACAGGCACACUGACCAUCCAAGUGUGCAGCUGCGAUGACGACGGCCACGUCAUGUCCUGCAACCCAGAGGCCUACAUGCUCCCAGUCAGUUUGAGCCGGGGGGCCCUCAUUGCCAUCCUGGCCUGCAUCUUUGUCCUCUUAGUGCUGGUGUUGCUCAUUUUGUCCACGAGGCGGCACCGGAAACAACCAUACAUCAUCGACGACGAGGAAAACAUCCACGAGAACAUCGUCCGCUACGACGACGAGGGCGGCGGCGAGGAGGACACCGAGGCCUUCGACAUCGCGGCCAUGUGGAACCCCCGGGAGGCGCAGGCAGGGGCCGCCCCCAAGACGCGGCAGGACAUGCUGCCCGAGAUCGAGAGCCUCUCCCGCUACGUGCCUCAGACGUGCGCCGUGAACAGCACUGUCCACAGCUACGUGCUGGCCAAGCUCUACGAGGCCGACAUGGACCUGUGGGCGCCGCCCUUCGACUCCCUUCAGACGUACAUGUUCGAGGGGGACGGCUCCGUAGCGGGGUCGCUGAGCUCCCUGCAGUCGGCCACAUCGGACUCGGAGCAGAGCUUCGACUUCCUGACGGACUGGGGGCCCCGCUUCCGGAAGCUGGCCGAGCUCUACGGGGCAUCGGAGGGGCCCUCGCCACUGUGGUGACGGAAGCCGAGAGGCAGGUGCGUGUCCAAAUCCAGACGUUCUCCGCGGGUACUUCGCGGACAAGGUGCAGCCGACCACACGAGCAAUACUGUGCUGGAGAGUGAGAAUGGGGGUGAGCAGGCGAACAGAGCUCUCUCUGGAUCAGCUUUACUUGGUUAGAUUAAGUUAAAUAAGCAAAAGGAAACCCAGGAAGAAAAGGGGAGAAUCUUGGAUUACCUUUUUUUUUCUUUUCUUUUUUGAUUUUUCUAAUGCUGUGUGCGAAGGCUUGGAAUCCAAGGUGUUAUGGCAGGGGUGGCUCUUCUCUGCCAUUCGCCAAGGCCUUUGUCACUUUUCCACUGCAGAAAGGCUCUGGCCUUGACUACAGAGAUGCCAAUUGAAAGCAGAAAGUUCUCCUCUCGUAUCUGUUUUUUAUCUUAUCGUAUUCUCCGUUUAAGAGUUUUGCUGGCUCAUCAAACCACAGAAACCAACCAACAAGAAAGAACAGAAAACUUGUUAUUCAGUGAAAUUAACCUACUUGUUCUGGGAUGGAUGGAAUUUCUUGUAACCCUUUUGAGACAAGGUUAAGACUGAAUCAGCCUUGCAUGGGGGUAGAUGGGUGGGAGGGUGGGUGAAGGAAGAGACACUGACUUUAUGCCCAAGUUUAGUGGCUGAACCAAGAGGUGUUGGCAUUACAGCUCAUCCAAUGCCAUCAAGUUCGAGUGCUCAUGUUUCCUCUCAGCUCUUUAACUGUGCCCCUGCAAAAUUGUUCAGAAUGAAACCAGAAAAAUCUGCCUCUUUUGCACUGUAGAUGUCUCUUCCAUGUGCCAAAUGUGGAGAUUAGAUGCUACAAAUGAAAGCCAAAUAAAAAGAAGUAUCUGAUAAAAGCAUGGGUUAGAGGGCUUUCCUAAUCUGUGUGAGGUCAAUCCAAGGGAUGUUUACAUACUGUAGAUAACCUACUUGAACAAAAAUCAGUAUUAUAGAGAAUAAAUGGAUGUAAGAAAAUUACAUGUACAAGUUUUGUAUAUUUGUUAAUAAUUUUGGUAAUAAAUAUGAUGUACUGCAUCUCAGUACCUUAGCACUUCUUUUAAUAAAAGUUAAAUAGAA